AUGAAAGUCCCACAUUUCCGAAAAACUUUUUCUUAUUUCAAGAACUGCGCUAACAAGGCUAGAAAUUGGCUUGCUUUGACAGCUCGCCGAUUUCCUCCCUUUAGCCGAACCGCCGACCCAUCAUUUUCAACCCCAGCCUCAGUGUCGUCCUCCGACGCUCGUCUCUCGCCACCAAAUUUGCCCAUGAACAUUGACCCCACCUCUCUCGUGACUCGGGAAUUGGGCGAGACCGCCCAAUCCCCUAUGGCCCCAAUCUCUAUCCCAUCUCGCAGCAGCCGCAUGAGCAUCGACACCACCUCACUUGUCACUCCUCAGUUUUCCAGCUUUUACGCCAUACCACCACCCUCAUUCUCACCAACCUCCUUCACUCACCUCACCCCAUUUGUUUUCUCAGCCCCCCCAUCUAUCACCACAAGCAUCCGUAGCAUUGAGAGCUACCAACUUUCCACUGGUUCAACACCCCCCGCCCAUUCCGGAGGACAUGACACCUUUCAGGAAAUUCUGGACAUCCAUCGCCUUUCCCCUACACCCAGCUUUUUGAGGAACCCGCGUCCACUGCUUAAUAUUGCCGCGUCACCCCCAGAUUCUGUUACCCAGCUUCCCACUCAAACGCCUCCACCUUGCGUUUCCUACUCUCCACAUAACUCUGUCGCUCCGCCAUCGUCACCCACGUAUUCCAGACCUGCGAAACGAUCUUUUUCGCUUUCUAUUGUUGAUGAUUCGAACACUCAAUCUUACAAGCGCACCAAGCGCAUCAAGUCGGAAACCUCGCUGGUUGAUGAGUCAAACAUGCCAACCUCCCUGCGCGACAAGGGCACCAAGUCUGAAAGCUUCUCCAAGAAACGCCGCUUCUCUCUUUUUCAGCGGCGUGAUCAGCAAUGUACGGACGUCUUACAAUGUCAAUCUCCCUCAGAGAACCCUCUUUCUAAUAUCUUUCUCCUAUCAGUACAACCUUAUAAACGCUACAAGAUGAGCUCUCCAGUUCGUCUGUAUAUGUCAGACGUAUUUCCGGCUCCUUCCGCCUCUAGACAUCAUUACGGCUUGUUUCUUGAUGAAGACAAAACACCAGUAUUUUGGGCCUCAUUAGCACCAACUACAGACUCAUCAAGAGUUUUGAAUGAGUUACAUGAAGAAUAG